GAAACAGAGAGCACGAACGCGAAGAAAAUGGAAGCAGAAGAAGAAGUAACAAAUGCAGUAUCCCCAGGUUCAGGCUCCGGUUCCGUUCAUCCAAUUUCCGAAGAGGAUUAUCACAGCGAUGAUGAUAACAGCGAUCGAAAUCGAAGAGAACCGAAGGGUUCGCUAUUGACGUCGUCUUCAUCAGUCGAUCGAAAGGAGAUGCUUAGCGCACUAGAGAUGGUGGAGAGAGAUUCCGUUGCCAUCGCCAAUAGCUUCUCAUCUCUUCUUACGUCUCUCCGUUUGGCUCUUUCUGAGGUUAGUGGGAUUACAGUUGAUCAUAUACAUUGCUUUAGUGAUGCUGCCGGUCGUCUUCAAGAGUCAGCACUGGAUGCAACAAGUAAGGGCAGUCGAUACAUAAAUUCAUGUCUCAGGUUAAAUGAUGAAACAAGAGGCAUCAAAAGUCUUGCUAUGCAUAUAAAGAUUCUGAGAAAGAAGAUCGAUGUUCUGGAUUCUUCUAUGGACAAACUUGUCCGUCGUCGUCAUUGAUGUUCAUUUCGAUAACAACUUAAUUUUCUCUUGUUUCAAUUUUGCAUUUUUUUGCUCCAAACUGUCAUUUUUACAUUUGGCUUGCUUAAACUGUCAUUUUAUUUGGCUGAAAGAUGGGACUCAUAUUAUAAUGGCAUCCUUAUGUUCUUCCAUGCUUUUUUUCAUGUUUAGUGACAUCAAUAAUAACUAAAUUAC